CCAGUAACCAAACUCUGGCUAUCUGCCUGUGUACAUUGCUCUAUUGACUUCUAUAGCUGGCUCAGAAUACUCUGAUCAUGGGGCUUUGGGUUCUCCUUACCUGGGCUUCCCUCCUUCUCCUGAGCCUGGCUGUGAUCUGCUUCUUGCUCUAUUGUGGAUACAUCCAACAUGUUCAUAUGAAGUCUGACCACAUCCCAGGACCACCGAGAGACAGUUUUCUCUUCGGACAUUCAUCUACAAUAAUGAAAAUUGCACAGAAUGAAAAUGAAAUUCUCUAUGACCAGUUUUUAGAAUGGGUAAAACGUUAUGGCCCAGUAAUUCGGAUUAAUAUAUUGCACAAUGUGAUUAUCCUGGCUGUAAGCCCAGAAGCAGUAAAGGAAUGCUUAAUGUCCCCAAAAUAUCAAAAAGAUUGGUUCUAUGACCGUAUGGCAAGUAUGUUUGGUGUAAGAUUCCUGGGAAAGGGUUUACUCUCAGAUCGGAAUUAUGAUCACUGGCAUCAACAAAGGAGGGUGAUUGAUCCAGCAUUCAGCAAACUUUACCUGAUUGGAUUGAUGGCACCUUUUAACGAAAAUGCAGAGCACCUUACGCAAGUAUUGUUAGAAAAAGCAGAUGGUAAACAAGUGGUUAAAAUGCAUGAUCUGAUGAACAGAUUGACACUGGAUAUCAUCGCCAAGGUGGCUUUUGCAAUGGAUUUAAACUGCCUGGAGGACGAAGAAACACCAUUUCCCAAAGCAAUCUCGCUAGUUAUGAGAGGUAUGGUGGAAUCACGCAACCCUGCAGCAAAGUUUUUGCUGGGAAAGCAAGCAAUUAUUCGAGAAGUCACGGAAAGUAUCCGAUUCCUCCGGGAAACUGGGAAAAAAUGUAUAGAAAAACGACGGAGAGCUAUAGAAGAGGGAGAUGAUGUGCCGGACGAUAUCCUGACCCAGAUCUUCAAAGGGGCAGCUCUGGAAAAAGAUUUUGAUCCUGAGACAUUAGUCGACAAUUUUAUCACAUUUUUUAUUGCAGGCCAAGAAACCACAGCUAACCAGCUCUCGUUUACAGUUAUGGAGCUGGCUCGGAAUCCACCAAUAUUGGAAAAAGCCCAGGCUGAAGUCGAUGAAGUUAUUGGAGCAAAAAGAGAUCUCGAUUAUGGAGACCUCGGAAAACUAACGUACCUGUCCCAGGUGCUGAAGGAGACAUUGAGAUUAUACCCACCGGCUCCAGGAACGUCUCGAGAGCUGCCUGAAGACCUCAUGAUACAAGGAUUAAAGAUUCCACGUAAAGCAACUAUAUUUUUGAAUUCCUAUAUAAUGGCAAGGAUGGAGGAAUAUUUUGAUGACCCUUUCACUUUCAAUCCUGAUAGAUUCAGCCCUGAUGCCCCCAAGCCGAACUUCACAUAUUUCCCAUUUUCUCUGGGUCCACGAUCCUGCAUCGGACGGGUAUUUUCACAGAUGGAAGCGAAAGUGGUGAUGGCUAAACUCUUGCAAAGAUUUGAUAUCAAACUGGUGGAAGGACAGAGUUUUAAGAUACUAGACACCGGAACUCUCCGACCCCUUGAUGGAGUGAUUUGUACGCUGAGACAACGGACAACGAAGAGGGCACUGGCAUAGAGAAUUAAAAUUUUCUUGUAUCUUGCUGACUGACCAUAUAAAAUGCAUGCCCUGAAGUAGUGACAAUGAACACAGAAAUUAAAUUAAUUCAGAAUAUAGUUAGAAUUCAUAAUGCAUAGAUUGUAACAUAUUAAUGGCUUCUUGAAACAAUAUAUAUAUAUAUUUAAAUAAAUAUUCUGUAAUAUUACAUAUUGUUAAGGCAGAAAUUCUUCCCCGGGGAUUAUUCAAAGCUGCAGACCGUCCUUGGAACUCCAACCAGCACAAACACACCUACGAGCAGCUCAGGAGAAAUGACUGACACACAACACAGUCUCAAAUCAUAUCUCGAAAUGUAUUGGCUUCAGUCAGGGUUUAUAUAAAAAACAGAAGACGAUUACUUAGCACUACGUCAUAUUAUUUACAGAAAAAUUAGUUCAUGGUCACAAGAUAGACUGAAAAUAUAAACAAUAGGUAACUGAAUCCCAAGGAAUAAAAAAUGUAAUGAAACAAAAAUCAAUAAUAAUGGGCUGCUUCACAACAAAUCUG